CACCCCAUCAUUACCGCUCCCAAUCUCGCCGCAGAUCACCAUGCUCCUGUUGGUCAAUCAGCCCACGUUCCUUGCAUUCUGAACCUCGGAACAAAUCUCCACGCUGACCUACGCUACUGCCAUGCUCUCCAGCCACAUACACGUAACACUCAAACCUGGAGGAGGGGCAGCUCUCAGAGACGGAACCAGACAUGUCUCCUAGUGCUCGCUCGUCUGUGCUCUUGCCGGGAGAAGCGGUGACCUUGGCUGAGACACCAGCCCCCGACUAUCUCAAGGAAUUCCAAGACCUAUUUAAACGGGUGGCACAAUCCCAGGAGGUGCAGCUCACGGAGGCUGAGGUGAAAAAGCAUAAGCUGUUUAAAAACCUACACCCUAAACAUCAACGGAAAAUUGCCUUCCCAAUAGACGAGGCUAUCAUGGAGGUAGCGGAGGAGAUCUGGCAGACGCCAACAUCCAUACCGCCUACAAAUAAAAAAGCUGACAAAAAAUAUUUCGUCCCCUCCAAAGGCUUAGACUUUCUUUUCAAUCAUCCACAGCCUAAUUCCUUGAUAGUGGAUGCUGUCCACCACAAAGCCAAGGCACCCCACUUUAAGACCUUCCUUCCGGACAAGGACUCCAAAAAACUGGACUUAUUUGGCCGAAAGAUCUAUUCUUCCGUAACCUUACUUCUCUGAAUCACCAAUUACGCAGCUCUUCUGUCAAACCACCACUUCAAUAAUUACUCUAAGCUUCCGGAUUUGAUGCAACACCUCCAUGACACCAAGAGACUCCUCUUAAGAGCCGUUGUCCAGGAGGGAUACACCGCAUGUAGAACAUCGCUUCAAAUCGCUGCUGAUGUAGCGGACAUGGCAGCACGAGCCAUGGCAACAGGUAUUGCCAUGUGGAGAGCCACCUGGCUACUGUCAGCAGGAGCCCCUAGAGAAAUGCAGUCCAAGGUUGAAGAUUUGCCGUUCGACCGACAGAAGCUGUUUGCCGCCACUACUGAUGAGGUUCUCCAUUCUGGAAAGGACUCUUGUACGACCCUUCGAACCCCGGGCAUGUACUCUCCUCCUUUUAAGUGCAAACGAUACUACCCCUUCCAAAAGAGGUACAAUUAUUCAUCUUACAAGCAGCAACAGCGUGGACCUGACCAGGCGAGAUUCAGACAGCGCCUGCAGCGCAAGCGCCAACAACAGAAUCGAACAUCAGCUCGGCCUACGUCUAAGCAGCAGGUUUGACUCCUGUGUCAAGGACUCGAACAAGUCUCCCACGGUCAUCACACAAAAGCCUGCCACUAGCCUCUUCUACCAUCGGCUGAGGCCAUAUCAUCAUCAAUGGGCCAGCAUUACCUCGGACCAAUAGGUCCUGGAAGUAAUAUCAGGCCUCACGAUCCUCUUUACCUCAGUCCCCCCCACUACUCCACACACCCCGUCCCUUUUCAGGGACCCAUCUCCCAGGGCCGCUCUUCAACAGGAGGCCUGCCACCUUCUGCAGAUCGGGGCCAUAGAACGAGUACCUGCAGAAUUCCGGGGGAGAGGCUUCUACUCCAGGUAUUUCCUAGUCCCCAAGAAGUCCGGGGUGUGGAGGCCUAUCCUCGAUCUGAGAGGCCUCAAUCGCUACAUUCAAAAGCAGCGCUUCAAGAUGACCACGCUGGCCAAGAUCAUACCAGCACUAAACAAGGGGGACUGGUUUGCAGUCCUAGAUUUACAGGACGCAUACUUCCAUAUCACGAUGCACAUAGCGUACAGAUGUUUUCUUCGGUUCGUAGUGAGAGACAAGCACUUCCAAUACAAAGUGCUCCCUUUCGGCCUGGUUUCGGCCCCGAGAGUGUUCUCAAAGACACUAGCAGUGGUGGCUGCCCAUUUACGCAAAACAGGGGUCUCAGUUUUCCCCUAUCUCGACAACUGCCUCAUCAAGGGUCACACGCAGUCGGAGACACAUUGUAUGGUAGCCGCGACACGGGAUCUAUUAGAUUCCCUUGGCCUCAUUGUAAACAUGCAAAAAUUGCGUCCGCAACCGACGCAAACUCUAACUUUCAUAGGAGCCCGACUCGACUCUCUCUGAGUGAGUUCAUCUUCCGGCCAAGCGCUUCCAAGUCAUAAAGGACUUAAUAGGCACAGUCCUACAAGCUCCAGCUCUCCCGGUACGGGUAUAUCUGCAGCUCCUAGGUCAUAUGGUGGCCACUACGAUCAUUGUGCGCCACGCAAGGUUGUAUUUGUGGUGCCUGCAGCAUUGGUUGAACACGGUGUACAACCCCGUCACACACAGCACCCGAAAACUUGUGGCUCUACCUGCACGUGUAAAGGAGUCCCUCCAUUGGUGGGCCAACCCCAGCAAUAUGUUGUCAGGAGUCCCCUUCCAUGCGGUGCAGCCAUCAAAGGAGAUAACCACAGACGCUUCUCUUGUGGGAUGGGGUGCCUACAUCGGCACGGAAACAGCUCAGGGCUGCUGGUCCGCAUUGGAACGGAUGUUGCAUAUCAACCUUCUCUAGUUGCGAGCGGUGUUCCAUGCCUGCAGACAAUUCAGGAUGCAUAUAAGAGGCACGACAACCAGAAUUCUCACCGACAUCAUCACGAUGUAUUAUGUGAACAGACAAAGAGGCUCCUGGUCCCGGUCCCUCUGCGCAGAGGCAGUCUACUUAUGGAGGUGGUGCAUUCAAAACGACAUCAUUAUAGUCGCAUCAUACUUACCCAGUGUGAACAACACCAUCAUGGAUGCAUUGAGCAGAUACUUUCAUCUCGAUCACGAGUGGGUGAUCAGUACAGACGUCCUCCUGCCUCUCUUCUGUCGCUGGGGCCAUCCUAUGAUAGAUCUCUUCGCCACUCGGGCCAACAGGAAAUGCGCAGAAUACUGUUCCAGAGCAGGAGCAGGCACCCAUUCUCUGGGAGAUGCCUUUCUCCUGCACUGGGGAACAUCACUGUUAUAUGCAUUCUCCCAUGUUGUGCUCAUUCCCAGGGUGCUCGAGAAGGUCCUCAUGGACAAGGCGAGAGUCUUGCUCAUAGCUCCGGCCUGGCCCAGACAGCCAUGGUACUCAACUCUCUUGCAGCUGUCCACGUGACCACCAUACUGCUUCCCACAUCUACCGGACUUCCUGAUGCAGCAGAAUGGGGACCUUCUUCACCCGAAGUUGGAUACUCUACAUCCAGCGGCAUGGAUGAUAGAUGGUUCAGCAUGUCCGAGAGUCUUUGCUUGGACCAGGUGAAACGUGUAUUGCUGCAUAGCAAGAAAGACUCUACCAGGAAAACCUGUCCAAAUGGUCUAGGUUCACCCGUUCGUGUGCCCCAAAGGGCCUUAAACCCUCUUCUCUCACCACUGCAUGUCCUGUUGGACUAUAUCCUCCAGUUACAGGUUGCCGGGCUCUCCAUAUCAUCACUCAGAGUCCAUGUAGCAGCAAUUGCGGCCUUUCACGGCCCGGUAGAAGGCAGGUUGGUCUUUUCUUACCCCAUGGUGACAAGAUUUCUCAAAGGCCUCACUAACCUUAACCCACCUCGCAGGCCCCCACCACCCGCAUGGAACCUAGACCACAUUUUGGAUGCUUUGACAUACCCUCCCUUUGAACCCUUGGCGACGGUACCCUGGCCUAUGCUUCCUCUUUGCUAUAACAUCAGCACGUAGGGUCAGCGAGCUGGCAGCACUAAUGGCAUCCCCUCCCCCCCAUGCAGUCUUCAGUAAGGACUCGGUGACCUUGAGAUCUUAUCCGGCUUUCCUACCUAAGGUCUGCACAGAAUUUCAUAUUAACGAGCCAAUCGUUCUGCCAUGCUUCUAUCCGAAGCCUCCAGUGUCUCAGUGAGACGCUGUCCUGUAUACUCUGGACAUUUGUCGGGCGCUGGCAUUCUAUAUAGAUAGAACCCGCGAUAUCCGGAAAACGGAUCGCCUUAUUAUUUUGACAUCAGGGCGCUCCAAGGACUAAACCCUCUCUGCCCAGCGCAUUUCCAAACUCGUUGUCUCUUGUAUUACCAUGUGUUACACCAUUCGCGAGAAGCCGCUCUCAAGGGCCCAUUCUAUGCGAGCAGUGGCGACGUCUGCAGCGUUCAUUAGGGGAGUCCCUCUACGCGACAUCUGCCGGGCAACCACCUGGUCUUCCAAUACCACAUUCUCAAGGCACUAUGCAAUCGUGCAGCACCUAGCUUCUGAUUCAGCUGUGGCUCUAGCGGUACUCCCUAGCCACCAAAAUCGUGAUUCCGCAGCCCACGUCUAACUCAGAUCACUGCUCCGGAGUCACCAGACGUGGAGCACCCACGGGGACUACCCGAAGAAGAAAAAGAAGUUACUCAUCUCCGUGCAGUAACGAUGGUUCUUCAAGGUGGGUGCUCCCCGACCCGCCCUUCUCCCCGCUAUGGAAUCUCGUCUGUUUUUUUCUGUCUUGCUGACGGGCGGUUGAGAGGAAACUGGCGGGCGCCGGUCCGCGUGCGACACAUAAAAGGCGCGAAACCGGCUCGUGCAUGCGCAGUCCGGCUGAAUACAGCUCUGGCAAGCUCUGAUUCGCAGCGCCAGGACCAGCCUGACACCAGACAUGGAGCACCCACGAGGACACACCUUGAAGAACCAUCGUUACUACAUGGAGGUGAGUAACUUCUUUUUACUGAGAAUUCAGAUAUCUAUUUUUUUAAAUGGCAAGUGAUGGUUCAUGAGGUUCAAGUUAUCCAAUUUAGAAAAGAGAUACAAGAUGGACCACCAGUAAAAAUGGAAGAGCACUUCAGUUCUCAUGCUUUUCAAGCAAUAAACUUUUCCUCCUAGGUUAAAUAGGUGAACAGAAUAAUGGCCAUAUUGGGUCGGAUCAUUGGUCCAGUUAGCCCAGUAUCCUGUCUUCCAACUGUUUGCCAGAUGCUUCAGAGGAAAUGAACAGAACAAAGAAGUGUGUGGAGUGAUCCAUUCUCUGUCAUCCAGUUCCACUUCUGGCAGUCAGAGGUUUAAGGACACCCCAAGCAUGGUGUUAUGUCCCUGAUCAUUUUGGCUAGUAUCCAUUGAUGGACUAUAUCCAAUCCCACCAUGAAUUUAUCUAAUAUUUUUAACCCAGUUAUACUUUUGGCCUUCAUAACAUUCUAUGCUCAUUUCAUCAUUGGCCAAUAUCACAAGAUUGGCAGUUGUAGCGGUUUGUGUUUGGGGGCCCUUGUCUGGUGGUCUUUUAAGAUGUUGUCAAGAAACAGACAGUAAUACUCAAGAACUACUGAUGUUGGCUGAAUACAUUUUUCCAUCUUCUGUUAAUUUAACAAUAAUACAGUAACAAAUCUCCCAUUUAUUACCAUUAAACAUAAUUCUUCAGUAGCACUUAGACGUCACCUAGGUUGGGGCCCCAUUAUGCUAGGCACUAUAUGCACAGGUGUGUGUGUGUGUGUGUG